AGUACUUUUAUUUCUCAGACACUGAAGAAGAGAUGAAGAUGCUGCAGUUGGUUCUGAUUCUGCUCGUGCUGUCUGGUGUUUUCACUCAGGACAGUAAAUGGGAUGUGAAAUAUCCUGAUAAACCGAUCUGUGCUGUGAGAGGAUUCAGUGUCGCCAUUAAAUGUAGUUAUUAUUAUCCACAAGGUCAUCAGGUGAAACAAAAGCUUUGGUGCUCGAGUAACUUAAACACAUAUAAGUGUGAAGAUGAGUAUGUUUAUAACAGCUCAUUAAACACCAAGUCAGACUUUAAGUUCACUGGAGACGACAAAUCAGACUGUACUUUAUUAAUCCACAAUGUACAGUUCAGUUAUUCUGGAGUUUACAGAUUCAGAUUUAUUACUAAUGUGACUGGUGGUAAAUGGACAGGUGAACCUGGAGUGACUCUACAAGUUACAGAUUUAAAGGUGUCACUAAUCAGACUCAGUGGAAACGGAACCCUUAAACAAGGAGACUCCUUAAAUCUGACGUGUGAUGUGAACUGCACACACACUUCCUCACAGUUUGUGUGGACUAAGAACAAUCAGCGUUUAUAUACAUCAGGACCCGUUCUUCACUUUCCUGCUCUAAUCCUGAGGGAUUCUGGGAAUUACACCUGCACUUGGGGAACCGGUGACACGUCAGGAUCUGAAACCAUCAGCCUUCACGUGGAGGAUUUAAAGGUGUCACUAAUCAGACUCAGUGGAAACGGAACCCUUAAACAAGGAGACUCCUUAAAUCUGACGUGUGAUGUGAGCUGCACACACACUUCCUCACAGUUUGUGUGGUCUAAGAACAACCAGCGUUUAUAUACAUCAGGACCCUUUCUUCACUUUCCUGCUCUAACCCUGAGGGAUUCUGGGAAUUACACCUGCACUUGGGGAACCGGUGAGACGUCAGGAUCUGAAACCAUCAGCCUUCACGUGGAGGAUUUAACAGGUGAAAAUCCUGAACACCAGUCAGUCUGGGUCAUUGUUUUGGUGAUCAUCGGAGUGAGUGUCUUCGUCUCAGUCGUCUCAGGAGCUGUGAUUCACAACAGGAGGAGGAAAUUUACAGCUCCAGAAGAAAACGUGGGGGAAAAUGGAGAGAAAACACGAACAAAGCCACAGUUCAGCUCUCAGGUUUCUCAUGUUGUUGAGGAAGAAAUGUUGAACAAUGAGGAAGUGAUUUACUCGUCUGUCCAGUUAAAAACAACCAAAAGUUCACAGCUAAACCGAGAUCCUCAGCCUGAUAAAGAAGUGUUAGAUAAAGGAGGAGACAUUUAUGCAUCUGUGUUGAAGAAACCCAACAAAGCCACCAAACGGUGUGACCACACGGAGCAGCAGAAGAACGAUUCUGUUAUCUACAGCAGUGUGAAAAUGACCUGAUGAUGUUUUCACACCUCAUUCAACUCCAGUGCAGAUGAGUUUUAUUUAGACAUCAUCAUAAAACCUCAUCAUACAUUUUCCCAAUGCAUGUAAUUCUUUAGGAUUUAAGACUUGUUAAUAUCACAGGACAUUUAUUUGCUGUACACAUCCUGUUAAGAAGGGCAUUUAAACUCUUACAUUUUAGUAAUUUUAAGUUACACAAAUGGCUUCAAUUGACAAACCAAACUGAGUAUUUCAUUAAAUAUUUAACAAAAUAUAUAGCAGCUGUCCAGUUAUAAAUCAUUCCCAGACGUUGCUUAUGAAGUCGGGCUGUGACAGUAUCGUCUCCAACAGAGCCAGUGUUAUAUUUAUUACAAAGGAAUUGAUUCUCUAAUUAAGUCUAAAUUCGUGUGAUUUCUUCAUUGUAAUUAGGGGUCCAAGCACCAAGGGCAAGUAGGAACCCUGUAGUUAUUCUACCUUUUCUCCUUCCUCUUCUUCUGGCUUGCUAGACUGUUUUAGUUUUCUAUGUGGUGAUGGAUUUAACUGCUCUGGGAUUUUAGACCCUUCUGAAUCCAUCGUGUCAUGAAUCUUUUACAAACAGGAUGUAAAGUAUUGUAUAUCCUGUAAAUGACAUGUUGGUAAAGAUCUUUUUCAUCAGCACAGGUACAUCCUGACUGUUUAGAUUAUAUAUGUACUGUAUAUAUGCCUGCUAGUCAU